AUGCAGUUCUCCGCCGCCAUCGCUUCCGCCGUCCUGGCCUUCACAUCCCUUGCCUCGGCUGCUCCUCAUAACUCUCGACGGGGCUCCGAUGGUCUCAGCCUGACUGCUCAGCUCACCCUCGCCGAUACUGCCGUUGAUCGCUUCGCCCUCAUCCCUGAUGACAAGGACUUUGUCUUUGACUUCAACCAGGAGCAACAGAACCCUGGCAAGGGUGGCCAGCUCAUUGCUGCCAACCGCAAGACCUUCCCUGCUCUUGUUGGCACCGGCGCCGGCAUGGCUCUCGGCCGUGUUGAUGCCUGCGGCAUGAACACCCUCCACGUCCACCCCCGCUCCGCCGAGCUCCAGAUCGUCACCUCUGGCCGCCUCAUCACCGAGAUGGUGCCCGAGAACGGUGUCCUCGACAAGGACGGCAAGCGACGCGUGAUCCGCACCGAGCUCUCUGCCAACAUGAUGACCCCCUUCUACCAGGGCUCCGUCCACACCCAGUUCAACCCCGACUGCGAGCCCGCCACCUUUGUCGCCGCCUUUGCCGCCGAGGACUUUGGCACCGGCCAGAUCGCCGACGAGACCUUUGCCCUCAGCGACGAUGUCAUUGCUGCCACCUUUGGCCAGACCAUCGCUGGCGAGGACAUUGACCGUGUCCGUGAUGCCAUCCCCGCGAGCAUCGCCCUUGGUGUUGAGGACUGCCUCAAGAAGUGCGGCAUCAAGAAGCGCAGCAUCUAA